UUGCGUUGCGUUCGGUGCCGCACAUUGGGGAUGGUUAUGUACGCGCUUGCCGUCUGUAUCGCGCGUUUCGUAAUUCGCGUAGUGCCGCAUUUGAAAAGUUUGUGUCCGGCUCGAUGAACCAACUAAAUUUAAACGUAUAAGUCUGCAAAUCAAAAGAUAAAAACAUCUUAUCUUGUUUAUCAACGUACAAUAAACACAAAUAGUGUUAUGCGUGGUUUAACUUGACCAAAACUUAAAUUAAAACAUUUACAUGAAGUACAAGACGGUUGAUUCUUAAUAAUAACAAGUAAGAAUGUGAUAAGUGCGAAGAUUGCAAGUGUAAUCAGGAUCCAAUAUGAAGUGGGCAAGUCACGUCCUCGCAAUUCUGCUCUUCAUAAACGAAAUUUGCAGAAGCUGCAGCCUGACAAAUCUUCGCCUAACCGUGCCACGAGCCGUCCGUGUGGGCCACUCCGUCACAUUGCAAUGCGACUAUGACCUGGAGGAAGCACCGCUUUACUCGGUCAAGUGGUAUCGCAAUUCGGACGAGUUCUAUCGGUACGUGCCGAAGGAAGCACCACCUACAAGAGUUUUCCCAUUGCCUGGCCUUCACGUUGAUGUGUCCGUCUCGAACGCCAGGAAGGUGACGCUGCUGUCGGUCGGUCGUCCAUUGUCCGGAUUAUUCCAAUGCGAGGUGUCGGCGGACGCUCCGCUAUUCCACACCGAAAUGAAGUCUGCGCCGAUGACGGUGGCCGUUGUUCCUGACGGUGUACCAGCGGUGACUGUGGAUCGUGCAGGGUUGGAAAGAGGCGGCCCACUCAUAGCAGAAUGCAAGGCGCCGCCAGCGUCACCUGCGCCCAAUCUCACGUGGUAUGUCAACGAUCAAAGGGUGCCGGGUUCGACGUCGGCGUCGAUUAUUAAAGACAGCGAGCUGCUGGAUACUGCCAACAGUAGAUUAGAACUGACCGGCGUGGGCGGCAGUUGGGGCGCCAUCAGGUUAAGGUGCGAAGCGACCCAGUUCCGUCUCUACCGCGCCAACAGCGUGGAGGUGGAGGUCAAGCCGGAUACGCCGCAACCCGCUUCUGUAUUACUAAUGGGUCGCAGUCUUAACGUUUCCCCCAGCGUGCACCCGGCUCUUGCAAGCCGUCGUCUCGCGCUGCUGCCGUCGACGUCCUUUCCGGUGUAGUACAAACACUACGAUAGUGAUGUGCUUAAAACACACAUUCGACGACGAAACUACUUGUAGUCGAGGAGACUGCCAACGGGCGACUCAAUUGCCGUCGCGAAUGGGCUCGGAGAAGCUCAAAGAUUUCUGCCGCAAAGUACUGGAGUCGUCGUCGACAAUCGAAUAAAACUGUAUAGGUAUUACAUAAACUUUAUUUAAAAUUGCAAAUUGAAUUUCUUUUCUCCCAGGGAUACGGCGAUGGCCUGAAUGCGCUUGAUUAUUCGUUUUGGUAUAGAGAUUUACGGAAAUCGUAAACCAAAGGUAAAUUGAAUGUUUUAUGAAAACUUUAAACGGUUAAAGUCUACGUCCAUUUCGUCUAUUCUAGAUCCUCCUCCCAGAUGUCCACUAACUGGUGAGUUUUGGAACUAAUAUAGACUAUUAAAAUUAUUGACAUGUGAGAAUUUAAAAAAUGGUCUGUGUGAAAACAUAAUUUAAUUUUAAUCCUCUCUUCUUUAUGUUACAGUUUAAAAGUAUGUCAAUCGGAUAGAAGACUUGCACUAGAAGAAGAUAGGUCUGCGAAUAUUCGAGAUCAAAAAUAUUCGAGGUCAUUGUUUAGGUGCGCGCAAUAUUUGUAUGUAAACAUUUACGGUGUUCAGCGCGCGUAUCGCAAUACUGAUAGUGACCGCGUGUUGCCGACGUUAGCUGUGUGCAGAUCAGUGGCACAUUCAGUGUAAUUUCGGUCACCGGGUGGACCGCGUGUGUUCAUCGCGACUUAUUUUGUUUCUUCAGAACAUAAUUAAGUACAUCCAUUGUUAGUUAAUAAAGAAUAGGCGACAUGAACCGGAGUCGGGCGUGAUCGAGGUUUCACAAGUGCGAUGGGAUGAGUUGUGUUUUUACCAAUCGCGAAUUGAUAUUCAGUUCACGCGUGUGUGGUUCCGUCGGCUGACAGUUAUCUUCUCACAUCUAGCAAUAACUUGGAUUAAAAUAAGUUCCUGCAAAUAGACAUGGCGGGUACUCAUGGAAGAAGUUUGUAAGGCCACGAACCAUGGAGUUUACAAUAUGACGGUAGUAUUGGAGAUGCGCGUAUUUUAAGGCAAGUCUUUACUGCUGCGGGAUUUGAUACCCGUCAAUAUUUCUUUAUUUAAAAAAUGAAUAUAUUGUUAAAUAUAAUUAAUAAAACACUAUUUAAAAUUUCAA